UUUGUCUUCUCUAUUGCAUGUGCCAAAGAGAAGCACAUUGGUUAGUCUCAGAGGAGGAGGGGGAGCUAACAUAGAAUUUAGGGCCAGUUUCGCAUCUGCUUUUCCUUCUGGAGUCUGAAACUGUUAUAAAUUCGUGAGAGAAGAGACUUGAAUUGGACUUUACAUUGAGAUCAUGGGGAGUUUCAAAGGUCAUGCCCUCCCUGGAACCUUCUUCAUCAUCAUGGCUCUUUGGUGGAGCACCAAGGGUAUCCUGAAGUAUAUCUUCAGAAAGCAAAAGCGGACCUGCUACCUGGGUUCCAAAGCCUUAUUCCGUCGAGCAGAAAUUUUGGAGGGAACUGUGUUAGUCUGCAUGGCCUUAACUGGCAUGACCGGGGAGCAGUUCAUUCCUGGAGGACCCUACCUGACCUUAUAUAAAGAAGGCCAAUGGAACCAACUCAUGGGCUGGCAUCAUUUUACCAUGUAUUUCUUCUUUGGAUUGCUGGGUGUAUCCAAUAUCUUAUGUUUCACCAUCAGUUCAGUUCCUGUCUCCUUACCCAGGCUAAUGCUAUCAAAUGCAUUAUUUGUGGAGGCUUUUAUCUUCUACAACCACACUCACGGUCGGCAAAUGCUGGACAUCUUUGUGCAUCAGCUGCUGUUCCUGGUGGUCUUUUUAACGGGCAUCGUUGCCUUCAUAGAGUUCCUGACACGGAACAUUGUGCUUCUGGAGCUUCUGCGGUCUAGCCUCAUUCUACUACAGGGGACCUGGUUCUGGCAAAUAGGUUUUGUCCUUUAUCCUCCUAGUGGAGGUCCGGCAUGGGACCUGGCAGAUCAUGAAAACAGUUUGUUUCUAACCAUGUGCUUUUGCUGGCAUUAUGCACUAUCCUUCAUCAUCAUUGGAACGAAUUAUGCUUUCCUCACAUGGUUUGUGAAAUCAAGACUUAAGAGGCUUUGCCCCUCAGAAGUUGGACUCCUGAAAAAUGCUGAACGAGAACAAGAAUCUGAAGAAGAGAUGUGAUUGGGGUCGCUACCCACUCUUUCUAGAUAAACCUCUUUUUUUGCAUUGUCUUGUCCUGGUUUUGUUUCUUGACCUUCUGUUUGGAGAACAACCGCUGAGGACAGCUCUCAGUGUACUGUUUGUAUUUCCAACUCUGUUAAAAGGAUUUGAAUUUCAAUGUUUAAUUUUUGCUUUGAAAAUACUUUGGGUGAUGAAUUUGUUUUGCACAUCAUGUACGACAAGGUUUUAGGGGCUAGGGUGACUUUUCUCACGUCAUACAGAUUCUGAGGCCCAAACUAAGAUAAAUUAAUGGCUUAAUUUACCUUGUAUAGAUGCUCAAAGUUGUUGGGAUUGAUAUCAUUUGUAAGUUGUUGGGCAUGGGAUUAGACAUGUGUGUCAUUGCUGCAAUGAGAAAUAAAUAAAUACAUGCACCUUGGUGCAGGAACUUCAAA